AUGGAAGUCGGGAUGUGGGAACCCGGGCACCGGAGAAGUGCUUUUCCAGGACGGCGGCCGCGGGAGCCGGUGCCCGGGGACAGCCGGAGGGCCGGUCCCGCCCGCCGGCCGCGCGGCCAGGUGCCGCCGCCGGGCGCGUCCCCGUGCGCCCCUUCCCCCUCCCGCCGACUUCCUGGUUCGCCGAAGGUGGCCGAGCCGCCGCCGCCGCCGCCGCCGGCCGGGUCGCGGGAACCGGGAGGCGGGGGCGGGGGCGGGGGCGGCGUCGCCGCGGUGCUGUCCCCGCGAGGCCGCGGAGGGCGCCGUGGGCCGGCCGCCUCUCUGAGCAGCGCGUCCCAGGCGGCGUGCGGGCGUGCGGGCGCGGGGCGACGGCGGCCCCGCCGCGACAUGUGACUAUGGACCGCAGGACCAGGGAAAAUCCAGAAAGAACGUUUGACUUGGUAUUGAAAGUGAAGGGUCCUGCCUCUGAAAAUGAAGGUCCUGUGGUAUUGUGGAAAUUCCCAGAGGACUUUGGAGAUCAGGAAGUACUGCAGAGCGUGCCCAAGUUCUGUUUCCCCUUUGACGUGGAAAGGGCAUCUCAGAAUCAAGUUGGACAGCACUUUACCUUCGUAUUGACAGACAUUGAAAGUAAGCAGAGAUUUGGGUUCUGCAGACUCACAUCAGGAGGCAGAAUUUGUUUAUGUAUUCUUAGUUACUUGCCAUGGUUCGAAGUGUACUAUAAGCUUCUCAAUACUCUGGCAGAUUACUUGGCGAAGGAACUGGAAGAUGAUUUGAAUGAAACUCUCAAAUCACUCUAUAACCACCCAGUACCAAAGGCAAACACGCCUGUCAACUUGAGUGUGCACUCCUGCUUCAUCGCCCCUGACACCACUGGACUCCCGACGAUACCGGAGAGUAGAAACCUGACAGAGUACUUUGUUGCUGUGGAUGUGAACAACAUGCUGCGGCUGUAUGCCAGCAUGCUACAUGAGAGGCGCAUCAUUAUUACCUCGAGCAAAUUAAGCACUUUAACUGCCUGUCUCCAUGGAUCCGCUGCUCUGCUUUACCCGAUGUACUGGCAGCACAUAUACAUCCCUGUGCUUCCUCCACACCUACUGGACUACUGCUGUGCCCCAAUGCCAUACCUGAUUGGAAUACACUCCAGUCUCAUAGAGAGAGUGAAAAAUAAAUCAUUGGAAGAUGUGGUUGUGUUAAAUGUUGACACAAACACUUUAGAAUCACCAUUUAAUGACUUGAGCAACCUACCCAGUGAUGUGGUCUCGGCCUUGAAAAAUAAGCUGAAGAAGCAGUCCACAGCUACAGGAGAUGGAGUGGCUCGGGCCUUUCUGAGGGCGCAGGCAGCUUUGUUUGGAUCCUACAGGGAUGCUCUGAGAUACAAGCCAGGUGAGCCCAUCACCUUCUGUGAGGAGAGCUUUGUAAAGCACCGCUCUAGUGUGAUGAAACAGUUCCUGGAAACUGCAGUUAACCUUCAACUGUUUAAACAGUUUAUUGAUGGUCGACUGGCAAAGCUUAACGCAGGAAGGGGUUUCUCUGAUAUAUUCGAAGAAGAGAUCACUGCAGGUGGCUUCUCUGGAGGGAGCCCAAGGUCAUAUCAGCAGUGGGUGCAUACAGUCAAGAAAGGAAGUGCAUUGUUCAACACAGCAGUGACCAAAGCAACCCCUGCAGUACGGACUGCAUACAAAUUCGCAAAGAGUCAUGCCAGACUGGGACUAAAAGAGGUGAAGAGCAGGCUGAAACACAAGGAAAAUGAGGAAGAUUAUGGGACCUGCUCUGGUCUGGUGCAGUAUACACCAGUUUAUACAUUACACAAUGAAACGGGAGGAGACAGAGAGAAACAUAGGCUUUCCCAGCCACACUUGAGAAGGCCUCAUAAGAGCCUCGAUGGUACCCUGUGUGAUGAUGAUGAUGACGUUGAGCGAGCAAGCAAGGUGUCUUCUGAAGAUGGCGAGGAAACAUCUGCCUAUUUCUACGAAAGUGACGACUCCGUGGAAGCUCCAGUGAAGGCCCCUUACUCAGGUGAGAUGGACUUGCUGGGAGAGAUCCUGGACACGCUGAGCACACACAGCUCCGACCAAGGCAAGCUGGCAGCUGCAAAGAGCCUGGAUUUCUUCAGAUCCAUGGAUGACAUUGAUUACAAACCCACGAACAAGUCCAACACUCCCAGUGAGAAUAACCUGGCCCUACUGUGUGCUUCUGGUGAUCAAGGAGAAUGGAAUCUCGGGCAGGACGACAGCGCCCUCCAUGGCAAGCAUCUUCCUCCAUCCCCCAGGAAGAGAGUUUCCUCUAGUGGGUUGACAGACUCUCUGUUUAUCCUGAAAGAGGAGAACAAUGAAAAGCCCCCCUGUGCUGACAGGAUGAGUGGCCCCACUGUGGGGGAAAAGGCAGUUUCUACUUCAGGAUUGGGUUUCCGGCCAGCUUCCCCCGAGGCGGCUCCUCAGAUAGGUGAAGGAGAAGCAGAGGUAGAGGAAACACGAAGCCAGGCUUCUGAGCAUCUGCUGGUACCCAGCCUCGGCAGCCGCCAGUCUACAUUCGUUCCCUGGGAGAAAGCAGGGAAAGAGCAUAAGGAGCCUUCAGAAGAUGGUGGACUGCUCCAAGAAGUAGUGUCAUUGUGCCACAUGUCAUGUGACUUCCAACAAGGUUCCAACAUUUCAGAGGAAAAGAGAAGUGAAAACCAAACUUAAGCUACCAGGAAAGGCUCUUCUCCAGAGACAUGUGGAAUUAAUUCCCUGCGAUGCAUACAGUAAACAGAAUCACUCAUAGGAAUGAAAACUCUUAGUACUGUUUACGUGUUUUCCUUUGGAAUGUUUCCCCAUCUGUUCAUCUCAUGGAGCUGUGUUAUCCAUUGGUUUUCUGGCAUAAAAUGAAUUCUACUGUGCUGUUAAAUCAGGUACUAGUUUGUAUAUAGGCUGAAAGUGUGUUUGGAACAUAAGCUUUCCCAGUAUUUGGUGCUUAAUGCUGUUCAUUUUAUUUAAACUAAGUGUGCAUAUGUAACACCUGCAUAUAACCAGUAGUUACUGUACUAAUCUGGUCGAGCAUGAACUGAUGUCAAACCUGAUAUAUAUAUAUAUAUAUAUAAAAAAAUAGCCUAAAACUGAUGAAACAGUUAACCCACUAAUUGCCUUAAUCAUCCAGUUAUGUUAAGCAUACAGAUCAUGUGUGAUGCUACGUGCAAAUCUUGAAAGAGGAGUUAUCUUGUCUUUCAGAGCAAUAAUGCCUUUUUCUAUCACAGAAUUAAGCUCAUCAUUUUUUCAAGUUUAAAUGCUCUGUAGUGGAACUAGUUUGCUUUCAUAAAGACACUGCAGCCAUGUUUUCCAAACAGUGUAAAUGUGUGUGUUGACCUUUUGCUCAGUGAAAUCCACGAAGUGCUGAAAUACAAUGUGAAGUGAAAAGCUUCUGUUUACAAAGAAGCCACUCCGACAAUGUUUGGUCUCUGUACGCCAUAGUGACUGUGGUCCACCUCGAGAAAGCCAGAUGCCCUGCAGAGUCCAGAGAAGCACCUGUCCUGUUCUUCUCGUAAAUGAUUCGCCAUGAAGAUGCUCAUAGCCUUACCUUGUGUUUGCUUUUUUAAAAUAAUUGACUUUGUGUUUUAAAUGUUCUAGAUUUAUAGAAAAGUGCGAAGAUGGUACUAAGUUCCCAUCUCCCUGGGCCCUGUUUCUGCUGUUGUUAGUGUCUUCAUGUUAGUGUGCUGCAUUUGCCAGUGUUGAUAUUGGACAUGGUGUUCAGAGCUCUGGCUUGCCCCUCAUGUCCCCUUUCUGCCUCAUUGUCCCCUCAGAGUCCUAGAUUACAUUCUUUUAUCAUGUCUGCAGGGUUCCUCUGCCCCUUGGCACUUCACUUUCUGACCUUGGGAGUUUCAGGAAUAUUGGUCAGAUAUAUUGCCCCCUGGCCAGCUCCUGGAAUUUGUCUGCUGUUUUUCUCAUUGUUACACUGGGAUUGUACAUUUGAAAGAGAAGAUCGUAGAAGUAAAGCGCCAUUUUCACAGUGUCUUAAAGCGUGUGUGGGGGGCAAGCACAUUCCACAUAGUGUUGACUUUGGACACCUUCUGUUCUGUU